AUUAUGCUGCUCGAAGUAUUCCUGGUUCUGGGGACAGUCAUCAUCUACUUCUUACUUUCCAAGAAGAAAGAAGAGACGUUACCCUUCAAAGAGGGAUGGUGGGGCAAGGGACAAAAGCCUGACACUGAAGAAGAUACAACUGUUCGGCCAUUUAAGGUGGAAACCACAGAAGAAGAGCUGAGUGACUUAUUUAGGAGGCUUGACCAGGCUCGAUUCACUGAGCCACUGGAGAACAGUUGCUUCCAUUAUGGGACUAACUCAGUGUAUCUCAGGAAGGUUGUCUCCUACUGGAAAAACCAGUUCAACUGGAAGAAACAAGUUGAAGUCCUCAACAAAUACCCACAAUUCAAAACUAAGAUUCAAGGCAUUGAUAUCCAUUUUGUUCACGUAAAGCCUCCUCGUUUGCCUGAAGGCCAGUCUGCAAAACCAUUAUUAAUGGUUCAUGGUUGGCCUGGCUCGUUUUACGAGUUUUACAAAAUCAUCCCUCUCCUGACGGAUCCUGCCAGCCAUGGCCUCAGUGAUGAACACAUUUUUGAAGUCAUUUGCCCAUCUAUCCCUGGUUAUGGUUUCUCAGAAGCACCCCACAAAAAAGACUUUAAUUCUGUAAGUGCCGCUUCUGUUUUUUAUGAAUUGAUGCUCAGACUGGGAUUCAAUGAGUUCUACGCACAAGGUGGUGACUGGGGCUGGCUCAUCUGCACCAACCUGGCCCAGAUAGCUCCCAACCAUAUGAAAGGUCUCCAUUUAAAUCUAGUCUCAGUUACAAACAUGGGAUUCACUCACCUGCUCUCCUUUCUGCUGGGCCGCUAUCUUCCAGGGCUCUUCGGUUUCCAGGAUGAAGAUGUUAGGCGGAUGUUUCCCUUCUUGAAAAAAAUGCUCUACAGGAUCUUGUUGGAGUCUGGCUACGCUCACAUGCAGGCUACAAAGCCUGAUACUGUUGGCUGUGGUUUGAAUGACUCUCCUGUAGGACUGGCCGCAUACAUCUUGGAGAAGUUUUCUACAUGGACUGAUAUAGAAUUCCAUAAUUUAGAGGAUGGAGGAAUAGAGAGGAAGUUUAACCUGGAUGAUCUGCUCACCAAUAUCAUGAUCUACUGGGUGUCAGGCUGUAUAGUCUCCUCUAUGCGUUUCUACAAAGAAAAUUUGCAGAAGGGGAUAGGCACACAAAAACAUGAAAGGCUUACAGUACAAGUACCUACUGGCAUUGCCUCCUUCCCUAAUGAAGUCAUGCACACACCCCAGGCUUGGGCCCAGAAGAAAUACACCAACAUAGUUUCCUUCCAUUUCAUGCCUCGAGGUGGCCACUUUGCAGCUUUGGAGGAACCUGAACUUCUUGCUGAAGAUAUCCUGCAAUUUGUUGGGAAAGUAGAGAAAGAGCAACUUUGGAGAAAGAAAGGAGAAUGACUCUCCUCACAAACAGCAGGGUAAUUGCUUAUAGCUUAGCACAUGUACAGGCCUUACUAAGCCUACUGUAAUCCAUGUAAUUAGAUCUUAUUCUUGACCAGAUGUGAGGGAGGACAGCAAGAAA